UCACCUGUCCAGCGAACGCGCGCACCCGCCCGCACGCACACCUGCGCUCCCCUGAGCCUCCGCACUGACCGGAAGAGGGCGGUUUCCACACCAGCGAACAGCGGAGAAACUGCGGGCAGCCUGAAGACAAGAGCCGGAAAACAGAAGCUUCAUUUAACACCAAAUAAAAGAGCCUUAGACUCCGGGGAAACGGAAAUGUCAGCGCGAAUAUCUGAAGAAAACAACUGAUUAACGUUUUUUUCAGCUCUUUGUUACUUAUUCACGAGUUUAUUCAAGAAGCUGAAGUGAAGAGGUGGAGGUCUGAAAGAACAUCAAGUCGGAUUUUUUGAGGAGGAAUCAUCUAUUGGAAGCUUAUAUUUCAGCUUUCUUAUUUGGAUGAACAUGUCAGAGAAGAAGGACGUCCAGGCAUGAGCAUCUUCAGUCCAUGCCGGGUGGUCGCUGCAGUUUCUCUGAUCUUGAUUAUUCUGGGAGGGCUGGGAGCCGCCAUCUGGGCCCUCGUCACGUACCUUAGAACAACAGAGGAUACAGGAUUAUUUGAUGUGCAGGUGAGUGCAGCAGACCAGAGGCUGAGAGUGUUUGACUCCACACAGUGGAGGUGGAAAUAUGUUUGCUCAUCCAGUGUCAACCAGCUCAUCGCCAACAUCACCUGCGAGGAGAUGGGCUUCGUUAGAGCAGUAAAUUUCUCAGUGACGUGUGCUCCUGAGAGUGGCGGGGACCGAGAUUUUUUCUGUGUAAAAGAGAGCGAGUUAACAUAUGGGAAGAAGAUAAAAACAGCCCUCUAUCCUUGUAAAUGUGACAAAGGGCAGAUUCUUGAGGUGAUCUGUCAGGACUGUGGUCGUCGAAUGCUGCCUGAGGAGCGGAUAGUGGGGGGAGUGGAUGCUCGACAGGGCUCGUGGCCAUGGCAGGUCAGCUUACAGUAUGAUGGAGUUCAUCAGUGUGGUGGAUCCAUCAUUUCAGACCGCUGGAUCAUCAGUGCUGCACACUGCUUUCCUGAGAGGUAUCGUCACGCAUCCCGCUGGCGGGUUCUGAUGGGCUCGAUCUACAACACUCCCAUCCGUAAGAAUGUUGUGAUCGCAGAGGUGAAGACGGUCGUCUACCACAGCAGUUACCUGCCCUUCGUCGACGCUAAUAUUGAUGAUAACAGUCGGGACAUUGCAGUCAUCUCAUUGACGAAACCUCUGCAGUUCACUGAUUAUAUCCAGCCCGUGUGUCUUCCGACCUACGGCCAGCGUUUGGCAGACGGACAGAUGGGUACAGUUACUGGCUGGGGUAACGUGGAGUAUUAUGGAACUCAAGCAAAUGUCCUCCAGGAGGCCCACGUGCCCAUCAUCAGUGAUGCGGUGUGCAAUGGCCCUGAUUAUUAUGACAACCAGGUCACAACCACCAUGUUCUGUGCUGGUUAUGAGAAAGGAGGAACAGACUCAUGCCAGGGGGACAGCGGUGGACCUUUCGUAGCAGCAGAUGUGCUCUCUAAGACCAGCCGCUAUCGUCUGCUGGGAGUUGUAAGCUGGGGCACAGGCUGUGCUAUGGCCAAGAAGCCUGGCGUUUACACACGUGUGUCCCGCUUUCUGCCGUGGAUUUCAACUGCUAUGAGGAUGUAUGAGAAUUCCCCAGGAGUGCACAAAAUGGCACGAGCCGCCACACCAUAGUAAUUCACAACGGAACAUGUUGUAUUUGAGACUGAAGUAUUGAUGUGUUGCUGGGAUCGGUCUGAGAUCAGACGUCUGCUGUGGAUCAGAUGUUUUGAGAUGAUCAAACUGGCUCAAGGACAUUUGGCUAAUAACUUUCGCUUGGUCUGACCCAAGGAGGGCCUUGAUGAUGAUGAAGAUGCUGUACUUUGGGUUUAAUAUGUUUAUGAACACCUCAUUUGUACAAAACCUAAAACCUUUUCCUGACAUCAAAAUGUGGCAGAUACAGUAUGGAAAUUACUCACUGAAACUUAAAAAAAAAAAACUUGCUUUAUAUAGAGAUGGUACUGUUUAAAGGUUUAGUAUUGGUUUGUUUUUGAUAGAAGUCUCUCUCGCUCGCCAAAGCUGCAUUUAUUUGCUCAGAGUACAAAAACACAGUAAUAUAGAAAAAUUUGUAAAAGAUGUUAAUAUGUUGAAAACGUUAAAAUGAUCGUCCAGUUUGAUACUUGUUUCAGCUUCAAAUUGUUGUGGAAACUUUAUUACUUUUUAGGAUUCGUUGAUGAAUCCAAAGUUCAAAAUAAUAGCACUUAUUUGAAAUGUAUUUUCAACAUGAAACUUUUUUACUGUAACUUUUGAUUGAUUCAUUGUGUUCUUGAUGAAAAAAAUAACAUUUUAAAAAUCCUUUAUAAUAUUUCAGUAAUUAAUUUUAAAUAAAAAUGUAAUUUUCACUAAAGAAAGUUUUGAAUAUUGAUAAUAAGCAAAAAAAAUCUUAAUAAUCAAUAAACCAGCAAGAAACAAGAAAACAAAAUCUUUAAAAUAAAUAAAUCGGCAUAUUAUAACUUCUGAAAGAUCCUGUGAUACUGAAGACUACAAUAAUGAUGCACUAAAUUCAACUUUCCAUCACAAGAAUUUAAAGUUUAAAAUGUUCACAUGGAAAAUAGCUACGAUAGGAUUUAUACAUAUAUAAUAAUAUUCUGUUUUAUUACAUUUUUUUAUUAAAUAUAUUAAUUCUUGCUGAGCAGAGGACUCUUUUUUUUAACUCAAACAUUCAAAAAUAACCAAUAUCAAACUGUUUGAAUGGUAGUUUAUAUGAAAAAACAUUCAAGGAUAUUUUUAUCCUAUUUGUCCUGUAGGUUUGUACAGACUGUAAGGUAGCAAGACGGAUUAAAUCUGUGAUCAGUUUCAGCUCUAGUUAGAUUGAAAUUUCUGUUUUUCGUUCAUGCAUCUGAAAAAAUACAAUUAAUAUUUAAGAAAUAGAAUGCUCCAGAAAUUAAAAAAAGUACAAUGUGUUUUAGCACAUUCUGAGAUCUAAGAAGUAGGGGUGUGCGAUAUUGCCAAAAUCUAAGUAUAUCUAAAAAAAAAUUUUGUAAUGAUUAAAUUAUAUUUUGUUGAAUAUGUGUGUUGCACUACAACCUUUUAGGCCUCUCAUUGAGAAACACAUAUGACACUAAAACCAUCAAUAGGUGAUUGCAACUCCAAUGCUGAGCCCAAAUUCACUUACUUAAACUUAGUCUUAAAACCAUCAACCUUAUUUGUAAAGAAAAACAUACUUUGAGUGGGUAACAAAAGAGUAUGCAAGCAUUGAGACAUACUACCUGCUCAUUCUUAGAUCAUUUUUUUGCUUAGUAACAUGCACUGUCAAUCAUAAUGAAACAUCAUCCACAUUCUUUCAUAUAAAAUGUCCUAGCAUAUACUAAAGCAGCAGCAGCAGCAGCAGAUGGAUCUGCCAUUCAUGAGUCUUUCAUGUAGAGAAAUCUCCUCAGGUGUUUGCUUAUUUGCGCAUUUAGAAGUUAAUGGCCAAACACGCCUGAACAAAGUUCACAUUGUUGCAGAUGAAAUAUGAAGAAUACGAAGAGCGAUUUAAAUAUUUUCCAGCUUAGAUAUUAAUUAGCAUGUAGUCCUUCAAGCAGCUUUACCAAAGCCUCUCCACUUAACAGUCAGUCUCAUGCAUCCACCAUGUUUGUAGUUCAACACUUUUUACCCACAUUUGUAGUUCUAAUUGAAUUCAUGUCUGAUGCGCAAUGUAUUGUCGGCAAUAUUAGCUAUAAGAGUAAGCACAGAUCUACAUUUCCAAUUUCUACCAGAAAUAGUAGACCAUCCAAGUAACUUUGAAAUACUCAAAACAUCAUACUACGAAUUGGGACAUACCAAUUCUAUUUUCGAAUACUAUUUAGGAAAUAGUAUGUGAAUUUGGAUGCAGCACUUGUCAUAAUGAGUGAUUUAAUUGAUGACUCUUUUUACGAGCUCAAUUAAUUAAAAAGCAGAAUCAUUCAGCAGCGAAACACUACAGUGUUCUUCUGAGACGCACAAAUGUUCUGCACCACCUUUAAAGGACAGUUUUCUUGUGCAAAACAGAAAAAAAGAAGAAAAUAAGUAUCACAUUUGUGAUCACACAUGCUAUGACAACGUUAGUGUGAUAUUAUUAUGAUAUAUUGUAAAUAUAUAUUACAAUAAACAACAUCGAAGAAUAUUUUUGGUUCUCGUAACUUUAAAUAUAGUCAUUCUAACAGGCUUCAUGUUGCAGUGAAUGCUUUUGAUCUUCGUUUAUUUGUUUGCUAGUUUUUUUUGCAAAGUAAGUGACAUAUUCAAUAAUGUCUUACACUGUUAAGAAGUACAAUUUUAAUAUCAUAAACCAGUGGUUCUUAAACUUUUUUCACCAAGUACCACCUCAGAAAAAAAAAUUGUCUCUCCAAGAACCACCAUAAUCAGGGGUAUUGAAAUAAAGUAGCGUAGUUGGCCGAAUUAAGCAGCUACAGCACUGCACAGUUCGAAAACGAGGCAGAGUCAUAUUCAUUCAACGACAUUAUAUUCCAUACAAAAUAGAAAGCUGAUCAGUCAGUUCUUGUCACGUGACUCGCGGUGCAGCAUUCUGAAAAGGUAGGAUGUUUUCAACUGUGCACGCCUGGAAUACACAAAUGCGUCAUGCUGCAGUACUCAUUUUGCUAGCCUGUGGGUUGAAUUGUGGCACUCAAGUGACCGAGAUGUAACGAGAGAAUACGGUCAUUUUUGAAAAUAAAAGAUUUUUUUUUUUAAAUGAACGAUCGUUCAGACUUAGAUUAUAAAUAAAACGGAAAUAAUUAAUGAUUUUUUGUGCGACCCGGUACCAAUUGAACUAUAGACCAUUGCUUGUUUGUGGCCCGAGGGUUUGAGACCACUGCUCUAUCAAGUAUCUGCUCUGCAAGCACCACGCACCUCUUUCUCUAGUUCUGCACCAAUUAAAUAGAUUUAUAGCAGCUGAUGAUGCGAUGCACUAAAGUAAACAUUUUACGCACAUCGCUUUGAUUGUAGGCUUUAGAGAACAGCUAAUGCUGAUCACAUUGGUGUUAUUGUACGAAUCAAAUUCAUUGCUCAGUGAUUCCUCCGCUCACCACUAGAAGUAAGCUUUGAGAACCUCAGUCAUAGACAAUAAAUAUCACACACCCCUACUGACAAUAACUCUCGCCUUUAUCUCACUCUUCAGUAUUUAUCUCAAUUUUGUUUACUAGCGGUACACCUACAGUAUAAUAAUAUUAUUAAUAAUAUUAAUAAUAAUAAUGAAGCAUAUAAAUCAAAUCUUUAUGACAAACAGAAGUUUACUGAAUAAUACAGGCCUUUGUCAAAUGUGCCAUGAUGUACUUCAAUAGGUUUUAUAAAAGUAAAAUGGCCAGAACGCUGACAUUUAUAAAUGUUCGUUGAAAACUACAUACCUUUGUGUAUUUAGCUUUUUUUUUUUUUCUUAAAAGGAAUAAAAAGCAAUAAAAACCAAAGACUGGUUCAGAGAGCAGUAUGCAUAAACUCUUUGCUGUGGCAGUCAGUAUUGUUGCGUAUAUUGUUGUCACUGUUGUACAUAUAAUGGCUUCUUUGCUAUGCAAUGCACUGUUUAAUUCAAUUGUAUGUCUAAUUUUAUGUUCAGCUGCUACAGUGUGUGUUUAUCCAGAUGUUGUAUCAUAACAUUGAGAGUAACAUUUGUAGUAAUUUGGUAAUGCUUUAGGUCAAAUAUUACGACAAUAAAACAUACAACUUAGCUUUUAUUCUGUGUUUAUGCUUCUUUUUCUGUUGAUGAAACUAACCGAGAUGAAUGUGUGUACAAUAUUGAAAUCCUGAUCAGCGAUUUGUUCAAAUUUUUUUUUUCAACAAAAUCUAAAUGUUGCACCCAUAAUAUAUGACUCUUAAUGAACACUUAAUCUUUAAAAUAAAA